UAAUUAUAUUAACCCAUUGUUCUUGGUGAAAGGUGAGUUUCUCUUCCAAUAAUUUCAUCUAGAACACAGACCCUAAAGAAAAGAUCCUUGGAACUUGGAAGAUGGAGAAGAAAGCAACGGAGCAUAAGAGAAGAGGAUGCGUUCCAACUCUCAGAUACUUAUGUUUCAGGAAACUCGGGAAGGAACCAAGACCAGAAGGAUUCAGCACGUCGCCAGGGAAGAUUGAUAGUUUCAGUUUGGAUACUGAAAAGGAUGAAAAGUCAAAGAAGAAACAAACGGUUGAACAAGGAUCUAGGAAAGUGGAUGUCAAUCACACAGAGGCCGAGCAAGAUUCAACCCAAGAUCAGGCGAAACCAAGACGAGAACAAGUUGUGCCAAAGUUUGGCGAAUGGUGCGGAAGCGAUCCAGUUCCGGACGAUGGUUAUGCACACAUAUUCAACAAGGCGAGGGAUGAAAGACGUGGGGCUCUGAAUGAUGAAUUUCACAAGGUCAAGACUUUUGAUUUAAGAGGAGUAAAGAGCGAUGGAAGGGACAAAGAUCAAUGACUUGGUCCAGAUAUUUUCGGUAAAAUGAACAAACUCAUGAUUUUACUGAAGUUACAUCCUUCUCACUCUCAGUGUUUAUCUGCAAUUUCAUAUCACAUUACAAUAUAGAAGAGUUGGUGUGUAAACCGUAGUAAAGCCAAAGAAGGAUCUCGUUAAGAAUAACCAAGUAAUAGUUACUUUUUAUUUAUUUAUUAGUUUAUAUGAA